AUGUUCAAACUUUUCCUCAUUUUUUGCACCAGUAUCGCAAUUGCCGAGAAAUCAAUUAUCAAAUUCCCGAAUAGCGUAAGUCCCCAGAAUAAAAAGCAACGCGCAGUUGUCGACGCAUUUCAACAUGCUUGGGAUGGAUACAAAAAAUACGCGUGGGGAAAUGAUGAACUCCGUCCCGAAAGUAAAAAAGGAUCUGACAAUUUUCAAAUUGGUCUCACGAUUCUCGAUUCCCUUGAUACGGCAAUUAUAAUGGGAUUAGAACAAGCUGUUUCUGAGGGAAUAGAUUGGAUCGAAAAUUCUCUCAAUUUUGACAAACACGUCGAUGUCAAUGUUUUUGAAACAACUAUACGAGCUAUCGGCGGUCUUCUAAGUGCAUACCAUUUAACCGGAAAUCCAGCUCUUCUGAAACAUGCGAUAGAUCUCGGUGAUCGGGUUUUAUCUGCUUAUGGAAAUCAAUCAAUGAUUCCAACAACUGAUGUUAAUCUCUUAACAAGAGAAGGAAUUUCCAAAAACGGGGAAAGAGUAUCAUUGGCAGAAAUUAGCACUUUGCAAUUGGAAUUUCGAGAAUUGACAAGAUUAACUGGAGAUCGAAAAUAUGAGGAUCGGACAUUUGCCACUUCGAAACUUAUUCAUAGUUUGGGUUGCGGACUUUACAAAGGACUUUGCCCAUUCUAUUUAAAUAUUCACACAAAUUCGUUCAUUGACACCACUAUCACCAUGGGCGCAAGAGCUGACAGCUAUUACGAAUAUCUAAUUAAACAGUGGAUUCAAACAGGAAAAACCAUUCCAUGGCUUAAAGAUGAUUUUCUCCGCACUAUGCUGUCCAUGGAAGAAUUCUUAAUAAGAAAAACUGCCAAAAAAGGUUAUUUGAUUGUGGGUGAAAUUUUACGCAAUGAAUAUGAUGCAAAAAUGGAUCACCUUGCUUGCUAUGUUUCUGGAAGUUUAGUACUUUCAUAUCUCAACAAACUCAACGAUAGCCACUUGGAAUUGGCGGAGCGUAUUGGUGAAACUUGUCACCAAAUGUAUCUUACGCCAAGUGGUCUUGGUCCGGAAAUCGUUAAAGGGAACUUGAAUGAUCCAAAAAAAGACGACUUUUUUAUUACACGUCAAGAUGCUCACUCAAUUCUCCGACCCGAAGCAAUCGAAGCUUGGUUCUACUUGUAUCGAGCAACCGGCAACAAAAAGUAUCAAGAUUGGGGAUGGUCCGUUUUUCGAGCAAUUGAAAAACACGCGAAAGUCAAAACUGGAGGAUACUCCUCGGUUAAAAAUGUUCUUGAAAAGAAACCAAGAAAAAGGGAUCAUAUGGAGACAUUUUUCCUCGCCGAAACGCUUAAAUAUCUGUACCUUUUAUUAGCAGACGAUCAGUCGAUAUUACCUCUCGACAAAUGGGUAUUCAAUACCGAAGCGCAUCCAUUACCAGUUCAUAAUUAUUAA